AGAGGCAUUGUCUAACCAAGAGAAGGUGCACUCCUCUGCAUAUAUAGAGGCAAGAAGCAGGAGCAGCAGUGGAGGAAGUCAGACCCAGCCUGCAUAAUGAAGAAGCAGAGUAAGAAGGUGGCAGCCCCACACUGUGAGCUAAAAUCCUGUUCUAUGAAUUCAGACACUCAGGUAUCCUCCAUAGUAUUGGGUCCUGCAUCUUCUGUUCAGAUAUCUGUUCCAGAUGAGGAUGCUUUUGGAGACCAUGGGGACUCUGCCAGUCUUGGUGCCAUCAACCCUGCCUACAGUAAUUCCUCAAUUCCUCAGUCCUCCAGGGGCCUCUCAGAGGAGCAGUUCACCACCUACCUGGAUGAGAAUCAUGCCGUUCUUGAAGAGAAGCACUCUUGUUUUAGCUUUCGUAAACUCUGGGUCUUCACAGGACCAGGACUUCUUAUGAGCGUUGUGGAUCCAGGAAACAUUGAAUGUGAUUUGCAGUCUGGAGCACUGGCUGGAUUUAAGCUGCUCUGGGUUCUUCUGUUGGCCACCAUUGUCGGGGUCCUGCUCCAAACGCUUGCAGCUAGGCUGGGAGUGGUCACCGGGCUUCAUCUUGCUGAAGUGUGUUACCGUCAGUAUCCUAGGGUUCCACGAAUCCUUCUGUGGCUGAUGGUGGAGUUGGCUAUCAUUGGCGUAGAUAUGCAAGAAGUUAUUGGCUCAGCUAUUGCCAUCAAUCUCCUGUCUGCAGGAAGGAUUCCACUAUGGGGUGGAGUUCUCAUCACCAUUGCAGAUACAUUUGCAUUUCUCUUUUUGGACAACUAUGGUUUGCGAAAGCUAGAAACAUUUUUUGGUUUUAUGUUCACUGUUAUGGCCCUCACAUUUGGCUAUGAGUAUGUUACAGUGAAUCCCAGCCAGACCCAAAUCCUCAGAGGCAUGUUCCUGCCAUCCUGUUCAGACUGUCAUACCCCACAGAUCAUGCAGGCUGUGGCCAUUGUGGGUGCCAUUAUCAUGCCACACAACAUAUACCUGCAUUCUGCCUUAGUCAAGUCCAGACAUAUAGACCGAGCCAAAAGGCAGGAAGUUCGAGAAGCCAAUAAGUACUUCUUCAUUGACUGCUGCAUUGCUCUCUUUGUUUCCUUUAUCAUCAACACCUGUGUCAUCUCAGUGUUUGCCGAAGCAUUUUUUGAGAAAACCAACGAGCAGGUGGUUGCAGUCUGUAAAAACAGCAGCAGUCCCCACACUCACCUUUUCCCAGACGAUAACUCAACACUGGCUGUGGACAUCUACAAAGGGGGUGUUGUGCUGGGGUGUUACUUCGGGCCUGCCGCUCUCUACAUCUGGGCAGUGGGGAUCCUGGCUGCGGGGCAGAGCUCCACCAUGACAGGAACCUAUUCCGGCCAGUUUGUCAUGGAGGGAUUCCUGAACCUAAAGUGGUCACGCUUUGCCCGAGUGAGUCUGACCCGCUCUAUUGCCAUCAUCCCCGCUCUGCUUGUGGCCGUCUUCCAAGACGUGGAGCAUCUAACAGGGUUGAAUGACAUCCUGAAUGUUCUUCAGAGCUUACAGCUUCCCUUUGCUCUCAUACCCAUUCUAACAUAUACGAGCUUGCGACCGGUCAUGAGCGAAUUUGCCAAUGGACUAGGCUUGAGGAUCGUGGGCGGUAUUGUGGUCCUUAUCAUCUGUUCCAUCAACAUGUACUUUGUGGUGGUUUAUGUCCAGGAUGUAGGGCAUAUGGUAUUGUACGUGGUGGCUGCAGUGGUCAGCAUAGCUUAUCUGAGCUUUGUGUUUUACUUGGGUUGGCAGUGUUUCAUUGCACUGGGCAUGUCCUUCCUGGACUCUGGACACACACGCACCAUCUGGGAUUGACAGUUCAACCUGAACUCUACCAUCUGAACACCGUGGACGCUGACUCACUUGUGUCUAGAUGACGGACAGCCUGAGGGACUAUAUAAGACCCACUUUCUCUUAGUCCUUUUGUGCCAAGUGUCCUGUUAACAUUUCUCUGUUAGUUCAGUCAUGAGUUUUGUUCAGAUGUUUUGAGCAAAAGGUAAAGAUUUCCUCAUAGGGUAGAUUUUGUCACGGCGUUAAAACUGACAGCUGUUAAGUGUAGGUCAGAGACCCACCACUUCACCACAGUUCUACAGCUGCCAGAGUUAAGUGAUUAGCCUAUGGUGGCCACACACCCCUAUGGGCUUUUGUCUGGACUUCUGGAAUUUUAAAAGUAUGUAUGUGUGUAUGUUUAUGUAAACCUGAACUUACUAGUUUGGGUAGAGUUUUCUAUAAAAAGGAUAUUUUGUAUUUUUUUUUUUAAAGAAUGUUGUUUCAGAUAAACCAGAUGUUUUGCCUGAAUCACAAGUGACAAAGGAAUAAGAGCACUGUUCUUUUGCAGAAUGAGCUGGUCAAAUUGACUUACUUUAAAAGUGAUACUUGACUAUGGCCAGUUAAACUUGACUUGGAUUUAAUCGACCUGUCCUUGGUAGCUACUGAUACUAGCACAUCAAUUCCAAAGAAAACAUUUCUUUAUUCGGCAGUUGUAUCUCAUCCUGGUUGCCGGCAUGCUCUGUGAUUGUUAUUUUCUUUCUUGUUGUUUUUCUUGAAUUUUUCCUCAGCGAUAUUAUGAUGGUAUUUUCCAAAGAGCUUAAUACCUAGUAACAAUAUCCAGAAGUCAUUCUGGAUUCUGGUCAUUCUUUAACCAAUGAUCAGUUUUCCAUGCUGCAUUGGAACUCAGCCCAUUCUAGCACUUUAGGCAUAAAAAGAAUUCUAACACUGAACUUUAUAAAGCCCAACAGAAGAUAAUGGAGAUAUUAGUUUUCUUUCUAAUAUGUGUAUAGUCCCAGUUUUUCUUCCCACUUUUCCCAUUAAUACUCAAACACCAUUUCUAGGCCAAAAUCUAUUCCUAAUAGACUUUGGAAAUAUUUCUAAUAUUUCUAAUGCGACUCACCUAGGGAAUGCUAAGCAUUUAAAGUUAUUUAUACCAAGUAGUAUGAGACUAGAAGUAGACUGGGACUUGGAAGAUACUGUCACAAACUGCCUGCCCACAUGUGGAUUAUAGAUUUUUUUUUGACUCCUCUUCCUAACCAGGAUUUUUUUCCAUAAAAUUUUUAUAAUACAUCAUUUAAUACCUAAAACUUGAAAGUUUCUGCAUAUUGAUCUGAUUGAAAAGUCAGAGGAUUCCGAACACCAGGCUCACACCCCUUAAUGGAAGUGCAGUUGGUUUACACUGAAUGGCAGCUAUCCAUUCUUAAUGGAAUACAGUCUGUGCCUUCUCUCCUUUUCUUCCAGCCCCAAAGACACUGAGUUUGCAAGCCCUGCAGCCUUUGUAUGUUUGAGCAUCAUUUUCCUCUUUCAGCAUAAACCUUGCUGCCUUAUUUUAAAACUUAGGACCUUUCAGUAAGACUUAAAAAAAAAAAAAUCCAGACAUCACCUUUGUUGAUUUGUAAUGAUUUGAUCCUCUGAGUGGCAGGGAUAUUUUUUCCAAGAUGAUUCUUUACAAUUCCCUCAUUUCUACUUCGUGGCCUUUGAAAUUUCUGAUAAGAGCAACAGCCUUGCAUCCCAGGUUAGAGAGCUUGUGAUCUUAAAAGUAAAACUGAAUUAACAUCAUUUAUCAGCUCUUAUUUGAAAAAGAGACUUAAAAAAUGAAUUUCAAUGUUUUGGUUUCUUUAUACAGAGACAGCAACUCUAGAUGAAUCAGUUUGUUGGGUUUUUCUUCCCUCCCUGGGCAAGUGUCCAGAUGUUCAUUUCUCAGUAGUUUCAUUACCAGAGAAUGUUUGGGGAAAGAAAAAAGCAAAAAAAAAAAAAAUCCUGUUAUACAGCUCAUGAAAAAGAUAAGGUGGUUGGUUAAACAGAGAUUAAGUUCUUGGGGGCAUUUCUGUAGCUUAUCUCCAUUCUUUAAUUGUAUGUUACUAGGAAUAGACUAGAGUUUGCAGAAAUUUAUUUAUAAGUAUACCCCUCAGGUCAUACAACUCCUGUAAUCAGAAAACUUGAUAUAAAGCAAAAACUAGAUCAUGCCAAAACCAGUGGAGGAUACUGAUGUUUAAAGAUUGAGUCUUGGGUAGAUGUUUUUGCUAAGUUAAGAGCAUUUAAUCAUUAUGAUUUACAAAUCUGGAUUUCUAUGAUAUGUGCUUAUAUAGACAGUAAUAUAAUCAAUCUCCUGCCUUUUGACCCUACUGGGCGGCAUGCGGGAUUCCCUACCUGGAAUCAAACUGAUGUCCACCUCCAGUGAAAGUAGAGAGUCUUAACCCAAUAUAUUCAAGGGAAGUCCCAAUAUAUUCAGUCUUAAGGUUAACCUAGAUGUACAUACUCACUCAAUUCCUAAGGUUUAACACUGUGGAGUCAAUUUUAAAAGGAUGCUCUGCCAGUGUAUACCCAGACUUUCAGAAAAAUGCAGUUUAAUACUGAGCAGCUGCUCAGUAUUGAAUUGAACAGCUGCUGCUACAUACUACAUUAUUGAGCAGCUGCUGCUACAUAACUGUGUGCUGGCCUAAUAAAAAAGGCAUUCAGAGCAUACCCAAUAGUUUAGUCAGUGAGGCAUCAGAGGUUACAGCAGCCAAUGAAAAUGGCCUUCUCAGUUUUAAACAUCGUGAUAUUAAACACCGAGCCUGCACCCCAGGAGUAUUGUGCACACUCAGGUUUGUAUCUGUAGGGUCUCCCUCCGCGACCUCCCCUCUUUCCCAAGCUAAUGUGGGCAAAUGGGCAUCCUGCAUACUUAGCUUUUCUCCAUAAAUGGUUUUACGUUUUAAUUUAAGCGUAAUUGGUGAGCUCUUAUGGAUAACUACUCUUAAUUUUUUUCACUGCUUUUUUCAAGCAAGAAUUACAUUAGUAUAUUCAGAGUAAGAUUAUUGUAAAAUUCUGGAGUCUUUUGGGUUUUGUGAGAAGAGCCCAUUUCUGAUUAAACAGUUCAUCUAUUUUUAAUGCUGAGCAUCUUUUGGGAGAGGGGGAUCUUUGCAGUAGCCUGAUUAGAAGUAUCUUUUCAUUGUAUAAUCAGUAUGAAGGAUGACAUUUCUAUGGCCUCGGUCUUAAAUUUUCCUGACUCUCAUGGAACACAUUGGAGCCAACUGCUGGAAUGUUUACUCUAGGGAAAUAGAGAAGCUGGAUUCUUUCCUUGCCUGUUUUCUAAACAGGACAGUGUUGACUGAAACAUGUAUGUCUCUUGGUGGUGCUUGAAGAGCUUCGUGGUGAGUACAGAUGGAAACUUUAAAAAUAAUUACCCUAUGCCCUAGAGAAAAGUGUAUAUAACAUAGAGCAUUGAGUUAAUGUUGUCUAGAAUGUAGAUAUAGUAUCCAGUAUUCCUGCAUCUUUCCCUUCCCCAAACACUAGACUUCACUUUCCAGUCAGAAUAAUUUCUCCAGUACAGAAAACAUCAAGGAAGAGGAAAUCAGCACUACAGAUCAUAUUAUAGUGUCCCCCCCCCCCCACUUUUUUAAAUAGUGCAUUCUUGUUUUUAUCUCAGUGGGUACUUUUUUUCCCCCCUUUGGUUUUCUUCCCCAGGCCUGGAGUUGCAAGAGAUGUUAGGCAUAGCAGUUAUAACUUUAGCAAGAUGGUGCUAGUUUUGAGAACCCUAAGGCUUACAGAGGAGCUUGAUGCCUCAGGUAUACUUCACAUUUAUUAUCUUCUUUGUUUCUUGUGUUUUCUGCAGUGUCAUACCACAUCUCCCACAAUACUGCCAUAUGAGAGAAAAGGGAGUUUUUAAAGCAAUUUUCCUUUGUACUCCCAAAAAUACUUUUAAGAAGUAUAAGGAUGAAUACACAAAUAUUUAAAUCUUAGAUAUUUAUGUUUGUGGUAAAUGAGUCAAAUUUCUUUAUAAGAGUGAGGUGCACAGUAGUGAACCAGGUUUUUUUUUUUUUUUUAAUUCACCGAGCCCCAGACAGCAUGCUACCCAGCACAAGCUCUGUGCUAGCCAUGUGCAGUCCCACCGGGGGCCUCUGGGCUGAACCAAAUUUAAAUAAAAACAUGGCCAUUCAUUCUCCUCUGAUGUAAUUUUUGCCCAUUCUAAAAAGGAGUUUAUGAAAGCCUUAAUUACCUUGCCCUGUUUGGAGAGAAUUGAGUGAAUAGAGCAUCACAUUUAAUAUGGAUAGUGAAAAGUUUUCUGUAGCUAUUAUAUAACUCCUAAUUUUCAGAUCGAUUUGGCAUAAUAUAGAUUGUUUUCUGCCACUAACUAGAAAAUAAAAAAAUUU